UAUUCAUUGAUAUUGGUUAUUGGUAACUGCACUGUCUGGUCUGGCCUUGUGUUUAAUAAUGUUGAAAAUUCGCACGAAUCAUCAUCCUCUUUAUCGUAACCACCUUCUUUUUCGCACACUUUUGUCCAUUUCUGCUGAUCCUGGUUCACCCUUUGACUCCAACAUUUAUAAACAAUUUCUUCAUUUUUACCCCCCAAAAUAAACCAUGGCUGACAAAGCCAAACCCGCCCUUAAACCCCCCACGGGGGGAGCGUCCGGCUUUUUUCGGAGAUUAUGGAACACCCUCAUCUUCUACAGGGUCGGAGUCCUCGCAAACUUAAUAGAAAUCUUUACAUUUCAUAGGAAAUUCGAUUUACAAAAGGUGCCUCGUCGCCCGGGCGAGGUGGCCGUCGUGACCGGGGGAGGGAGAGGAAUCGGGAUUGAAAUCGUUAAAAAAUUACUCAUCCUGGACAUGCACGUCGUAAUCGGCUGUCGAAAUAAAGUCUCUGGGACCGAAGCGGUCGAAAAACUACGAAAUUCCGGAAUCGUCACCGGAACAACGAACGUACUCGCACUCGACCUCACGUCGCUCCAAUCCGUCCGCGAUUUCGCUAACAAAAUCAUCGUCAAGUAUCCUAAAAUUCACAUCCUCAUCAACAACGGUGGGAUCAUGUCUGUUCCCUACAGCGUCACCGAGGACGGAAACGAGUCUACAUUUCAGGUCAACUAUCUCUCCCACUUCCUCCUGAUUAAUCUCCUCCUCCCCAAACUAAUCCGUGGGGGACGGUCCGGACGAACCAGUCGGAUCGUCAACGUCUCCUCCGCCGCGCAGUACGGGGGCAAAAUCGACUUUGACGAUAUCAACAUGACGCAAAUGUACUGCAAAUCGAUGGCCUACAUGUCCUCCAAACUGAUGCAAGUCGUGUCCACGAAGCAUCUCAACGCCAAGCUGGAGAAGGAAGGGGUGCACCUCCGCGUCUACGCCGUCCACCCAGGCGUCGUCCAUACCGAUUUGUACAAAAAUAUGGGCCUCAUUCUCACCUUCAAAUUCUUAUUCAGAUUUUUUUACAAGACCCCAGAACAAGGCGCCGACGGCGUCCUCUACGCCGCCAUCUCCUCCAAAUUCGAGGGGGAAGGGGGCCACUUUUUCUCCAACUGUAAAAUCAGCUCGGUCAACAAGCUCGCCACGAAGUCCUCCGUGGCCCAAAAGCUGUGGGACCUUUCCUGCCGAAUGACUUCCUGGGAGGACAUCCCGCUCCACGAAAUCGUCAAAAGCACCAUGAUCGCCGUCCGAAAAGGUCCCUCCGUCACGGAACCCCCGCCCCCACAAAAUGCCCUAAAAAAGAACAACGCCGACCGGAAACGGAAGGAGAGCGAGGCUAGAAAACAACUCGAGCGCCAAGAACGCGUCGACAUGGACGACGGCGUCAAAGUCGUCGCGGCGCCACAAUCUGCCGCCCCGCCCCGAAUUUCGAUCGCUUCGGCGUCAUCCUCCUCAAUUUCAUCGUCCCUUUCGACCAACACGAUCGUCGGGAAUGACCAAGUCGCGGUGGUCAUUAUUCCCGCGACGGCGACGGAAGCGAGCGACAGUGACGAGGGGGACGGGGACGAUGUCAGUUUUAGCGGAAAAGUGGACGAUACAAGAAAAGAAGAGCAAGAUGUGUCGUUGUCUUCGUCGUCAUCUUUGGUCAGCAAUGACACCUCGGCGACGGAAGUCGUCACUUCCGAGUUUGUCUCAACUUGUGUGCCCUCUUCGUCGUCGUAUCAAAUUCAAGAGGACGAUAGCGUCGCCACAAUUUCAAAAAUUGAAAAGUAUGACGAUAACGUCACCAAAAAUAGUGUCAGUGUUUCAGAAAUUGAACAAAAUGACCACAGCGUCACCACAAAUGGUGUCAGUAUUUCAAAAAAUGAACAAAAUGACGAUUCCGUAAAAAAUGGCGUCACUAUUUCCGAAAUUACGGAUGAAUUCGAUUUCCUCGAGGAAGAAUAAGAACUCGACAAAAAUCAUCUUCCUCCUCUUCAGUCGUAAAUAUGUAAAUUAUAAAUUAAUUAAACUUAAAUGUAAUACUAAAACAAAUAAAUGUUUAAAUAUGCAAAUGA